CAUCUGAGGCGUUGAGUGGACGUGUGCGCUGUCUGCUGUCUACAUAUUAAGUAUACGUACGAAUAUUAAGUAUACGCCGCAUGAUGCCAGUUUUUUCGAAAAUAUUGUCACUGCACGCUGCUGUGGGAAAUGUACGUCAUUACAGCGCUGCAGCGCAGACGCAGCUGCGGGAGUUGCUAGGCAAACAGCUGGAGGGGAUCAAGGAGGCGGGCACCUUCAAGGCGGAACGCAUCAUUACAUCCUCGCAGAGCACACAGAUUACGGUGCAGGGCAGUGAUCAGAAGAUACUCAACUUUUGUGCCAACAAUUAUCUAGGUCUAGCGAAUAAUCCGGAGAUUGUGAAGUACAGUCAACAGAUGCUGGAGCGUUAUGGCGCCGGUUUGAGCUCGGUGAGAUUCAUUUGUGGCACUCAGGAUAUACAUAAGCAGCUGGAGCAGAAGAUAGCGCAGUUUCAUGGCAGGGAGGAUACCAUAUUGUAUGCAUCGUGCUUUGAUGCCAAUGCGGGCAUCUUUGAGGCGAUUCUCACGCCGGAGGAUGCCGUGUUCUCAGAUGAGUUGAACCAUGCAUCCAUCAUUGAUGGCAUCCGUCUGUGCAAGGCGAAGAAACAGCGCUAUAAGCAUCGCGAUCUUAAGGAUUUGGAGCAGCAGUUGCGCUCCAGCGAUGCCCGACUGAAGCUAAUCGCCACUGAUGGCGUCUUCUCCAUGGACGGCAACAUUGCACCACUGGCCCGCAUCGUGGAGCUGGCCAAGAAGUAUGACGCCCUGGUCUUUGUGGACGAGUGUCAUGCCACGGGUUUCUUUGGUGCCACCGGAAGGGGCACAGAGGAGUACGACAAUGUCAUGGGUGAGGUGGACAUUAUCAAUUCGACGUUGGGAAAGGCGCUGGGUGGUGCUUCUGGUGGUUAUACCACUGGACCCGCCGAGCUCAUCUCAUUUCUGCGCCAGAAAUCGCGUCCCUAUCUCUUCUCCAACACCUUGCCACCGGCCGUUGUCGGUGUGGGCCUCAAGGUGAUGGAUAUGCUGCUCAGCUCUAGCGAACUCAGCCAGCGUGUCCAGAGCAACACUCAGCGCUUCCGGGAUGCCAUGACAAAGGCAGGAUUCACCAUUGCCGGCGAGAAUCAUCCCAUCUGUCCGGUCAUGCUGGGUGAUGCUCGUCUAGCCUCCACUUUUGCCGACCAAAUGCUAACUCGUGGCAUCUAUGUGAUUGGCUUCAGCUAUCCGGUUGUGCCUCAGGGCAAGGCACGUAUACGUGUUCAAAUCUCUGCUGCCCACACGGAGGCGGAAAUCGAUCGUGCUGUCCAGGCCUUCAUUGAGGUCGGUCGCGGCCUAAAAGUCAUCCAGUGAGCUCUUCCGAAAGUGAGUGGAUCUAUGGAUCAAGUAUUUUUCUGCUGCAUUUAUAAUUAAUUCAAUGAAUCUGUUGGCAUUUACUAAUUGUAAUCGAUAUGAAAUAAAAAUCCAAGAAAUUCUGUAAAUAUCUGGAAUCCUAAUACAAAUACAA